CUUAAGGCAGCCGGGGCCGCCUUCCCGCGGCGGCGAGGUCCGGGAGAAGAUGGCGGCGGCCGCGGGCUGGGCCCUGCUGGGCCUGGCGCUGUGGCUGUGUGCGGCAGCCGCGGCCGGCGAGCCGGAGGGGAAGCGGCGGGCCGGGCCAGCGAAGAAGAAGGACAUUCGGGACUAUAACGACGCGGACAUGGCUCGGCUGCUGGAGCAGUGGGAGAAAGAUGAUGACAUAGAAGAGGGGGAUCUUCCUGAACACAAGAGGCCUCCGGCGCCAAUAGAUUUCUCAAAAAUUGAUCCAGGCAAGCCUGAAAGUAUCCUGAAGCUGACGAAAAAGGGGAAGACUCUGAUGAUGUUUGUCACCGUGUCGGGAAAUCCCACAGAAAAGGAGACGGAAGAAAUAACUAGUUUGUGGCAGGGCAGUCUCUUCAAUGCCAACUAUGACGUGCAAAGGUUUAUUGUGGGCUCAAAUCGUGCCAUCUUUAUGCUACGUGACGGCGGUUACGCCUGGGAGAUCAAAGACUUCCUGAUAAACCAAGAAAGGUGUGCAGAUGUUACUCUGGAAGGUCAGGUUUAUCCCGGCAAAGGAGCAGAAGAAAGUGAGAAAGUGAAAAACAAAACAAAACCUGAAAAAGCAAAGAAGAAAAAAGAUGGGGACAAGAAAUCUAAUAGCGUCAAAGAGGACAACCGAGCAACCAAACAGAGGGAGGACCUAUGACGGAUGCAUUAACCAGACUGAAUGCUGCUCUGGUGUUCCUUGAAGGGAAACUGAAUUUCCACACAAUUCCUGGCUCUAUUGGGAGGGGCAGGGGGGAAGGAAGCAGAGCUUACUGAGGUUGAAAGACUUCGAUGUUGAAAUUCACCAGUUUACUUAUUAAUACUGUCCAUUUGUUUAGUUACAGGAAAGGUAAUGUUUAAUACCAGCGAUUGACUACUUUAGUUUGGAAUUUUUUUAUGCUUUUUUUGUUGUUUAAAAUUAACAUACAAAUCUGUGUGUCUAACAUCAUAAACUUAAGUGGAAAAGAAGAAACACAGUCUCAGAAUCCACCAAUGUUCAUCUGUAGUAGCCAUGUCCAUCCUGGGUAUGCAAGUUGGUGAUUGAUUCAUAGCUGCUGUUAGGCAGCAGAGUACAGUGCUAAAAGUUUCUCUUGGAAGCCAGUUUGCUUGACUCAGUUGGCAAAACUGCCUAAAAUAGUGUUACAGUGGCCAAAGAUGCCUGAAAUGACAGGGUUUAGGACACGUCUGCUUAGACUGCCUGUUACUUUAAAAUAAACAAAACAUAUUUUGUAUGUCCCCAGAAAUCCACAAAGUGUAGAAGCAUGGUAGAAGCUAAGCAGGUAUUUGGCUAACGUGCCCCGAAUCAGUGCAGAAAGGAGACUCUGCUCCUGUCAGAAGGGAUGGAGGGGUGUUCAUGGAAUUGCAGUACCCACACCAGCAGUGGGGUGGGAGGAAAAGUCAGGUUCGUGCCAUUCAGGUUGCUACUGCUGCCAAAGAACUCUGCCUGUGGAAGCAAAUGUUAUGUAUGCCCCAUUAUCUAGACAGUGAGGUAUGAGAAAUAGCUUUAACUCUGAAAUUGAUUUGUUUUACUGAUUUAAGGGAUUGUUUAAAUCUGUGAAAAAGUACUGGUUGCAGUACAGAGUUAAACUUUGAGUCAGAUACCUCACUUAAUGAUGUUUAAUAACCAGAUUAUAUCCCGGGUACAGGUUCCUGACUGACGUGGUUGAUUGUCAAUGAACAUUUGAUUUAAAUACUAUGAAGUUUGAUGUAUAGGAGUAAAUUUGAUUUCUCCUCGAAAGACUUUGUAUAAUUGGGAAGGCUUUAUUAUUAUUUAGAUUGUAUUCAGUCAAAUGAAUUGCUUAGAAUUGUUUCCCUUCUGCCUUACUCUCUUUUAAGGACUAAACGCACCUACUAUAUGUGGUCCACAUCAUUUUCCAGAGGAUGAGCACAGUAUUAACUGUCUUCAUUCCAUACUACAAAGAUGUUACUUUGAGUCUUUAUUUAAGGUGCUAAAAUCCAAGUGUUUUGGAUAAAAGGUCCUAAUUGAACCAUAAUGGUUGAUCUUGUUGAAUACUUCAGUAGCAAAAGUGGGAAACAGACUUACUGAGUGCUUGUUCUGAAAUAAACGAUGUCACUGCGCUUGCUGUUUCACUGAG